UUAGAGGUCGGCAGUCGCAGCUCAGCCUUCGUAGAGUGUAGACGUGAAUUUAUUGAACGUCCUCUCUUGGUCGUCACUGUCGUGUUGUUUUGUGUUGAGGGAAUUUUACGAGCAAACCUUUUCUUUGUGUGAAUCCAUCUGUGCGCUAUAGCUACAGUGAUUAGUUGCUAUUGUUUAUCCCGGAUAGUUGUGGCUUGUGUGUCCCAACGAGAAGAAUAAACGAAAUAACAAAAGACAUCAUGGCUUCCGGUGAUGUGGCGAGGUGUCGAAACCUCUGUGCCGCCCUGUUGCUACUCAGUGCCAUUCUCCUCGUACCUGCCGAAUCGUCAAUGAAAAGCAUCGAACAGCUCGUGAAAUCACGAAGACAUCGUGACGCAUCAUCGUCUGAAUACGACGUCGAGGCACUUCUGCGACAGGAAAUCACCAUCGCCGUCAAACGCGAUUCAUGUAGCAGUCUGUUUUGCGGUCGCGGUCGUGAAUGCCAGAUGAAUUCACAAGGACAUCCCGAAUGCGUCUGCGUCAGGAAAUGUCGCCGACACCACAAAUUAAUUUGCGGCACGGAUGGAAUUCUUUAUUCGAGUCACUGUGAGCUGCACAGGUCCGCUUGUUUAUCCAAUCAGCCCAUCGCCAUCGAUCACACCUACCUCUGUCUACGUCGCAAAGAUGGAAACAAAAGCGGAGUUAGCAGCAGGACUGUCUCUUCUGAAGACGAUCGAGUCCAACAUCCAACUGCUGGCAAAGAUGACAGAAGCAGUUGGACGACGGCCACGGUCCAGUCGACUUUCUCGGUGGAAACAUCAGCGGCUGCAUCGGCUGACUCGUCUUCAUAUUCGAUGAUAUCCACAACGUUGGAGACGGGCGUCGAUGCCAAGAGCACCAGUCAGUCGGAUCUCGCAAUCGAUUCGUUUUUGACGCCAGCUUCUUCUUCAAUCUGCUCGCAACAAGAUUACGAAAUCCUAAAGGACAAUUUACUUCUGUAUAAUCACGCUCGCCUAUCGUCGAUGGAAGACGGACACAGCAACGCCGGAAGCAAAGACUACCUGGUCAGUCUCAUGUUCAGCCACUACGAUCUCAACAAUAACGGAUUACUCGAAGCGGAAGAGCUGUCUAAGACCUUCGAGGAUGAGCAUCUCUCGCAGCUAUCGAAAGAGUGUUCUCUGUCGGACAUGUUGGCCUACGAUGACGUCGAUCACGAUACCCAUCUCAAUCUCAACGAGUUCUACGCCGCCUUCAGCAAACUUUACAGCGUGUCUGUUGUAUCGCUGGACAAAGCUUUGGAAUUGAAUCAAGUCUCGGCCCGAGUUGGUGAUAAUAUUGAAAUCAAGUGUGACGUGACGGGUUCACCGACACCUCCGAUUGUUUGGCGGCGUCACGGGCUGGACCUUGCCCAGUUGGCUGAAGACGAAUUGAAAGUCUUCCCGGACGGGGCUCUCUACAUUAAUAACGUUCGCCUCAUUCACGCCGGAAACUACACCUGCCACGCCCAGCGCAACAAAGACGUCGUUCAAACGCACGUCCUGCACGUGCACACUUUGCCCGAAGUUCGCGUGACGCCGCGGAUACAAUCACGCCGGCCUGGGGACGACAGUCUGAUGAAAUGCCAUGCUGUUGGGGUUCCUUUCCCAAAAGUGGAGUGGCUAAAGAAUGAUGAACCGUUGCGGAGUAAUGUAGGCGAACGCAUCGAGUCCAUCGGAUCUUACAGCGGACUCAAGAUCCACUCAAUCAACUUUGCCGAUACAGGCGCCUACAUGUGCCAGGCUAGCAGCAUUGGAGGACUAGCCCGUGACAUUUCUUCGUUAGUCGUCCAAGAUGAUUCUACGCCCAAAGAGAGCAGCCUUCUGAGCGAAAGCAAUAAGAAGUUUUUCGUCUUUCACGAUUGGGGAGUUUCGGUCUACGAGCCGCAAAACUGCCGGUUGCUACACAUGAUCCAGUCGACAGACAUCAUGCCUGGGACACAAGACUACGUUUGCGGCUCCAAGGGCGUCAACUGCAGCUGGGGACGAGCCAUCGCUGUGGCCGAUCGCUACAUCUACGUCACGCAACCCAACAAAGACCGUGUUCUCGUCAUCAGCAACAUACAAAUGGUGGUCGUUGACGUCAUCAUGACCGAUCGAUAUCCAGUGGACAUCUUUUAUGUGGAACAUCUGGACCAAGUUUGGAUUGUCAAUUGGCGUGAUGAAGAGGAUCAUGGCGUUAAGACCAUCCAGGUGAUUCGUGAAGCCAGUCAGAAAAAGAAACACCAUACUGUGCAUCCGGAGCCGAUCGACGGCCACUUUGAUUUGGUCUACUCAUUAUUCAUCCCGCCCAUGCAGGAAUAUGGCCAUCGUUACAAGUACGGUUACGUUUCGCACACCAAUCAGCGCGGCCUCUACAAAUUGAGCCUGCCUGCAAUGAAGUAUGUGAAAGCUAUCGAUUUGGCUCCCUACAACUGUGUCCCUCGCUCUCUUCAGUACUCUUCGUUGUAUGGCCUCGUUAUCAUGGAGUGCGAGGAGCCAGUCACCCGACGGCCAACUGGCCAAAUUGUCAUGGACUACCUGACAGACACUGUGCUCAGUCACAAGGUGACGUUACUUGGCCAACCUUACAUCACACCAGACAGCCGGAUCGUCGUGACUGUCCAUCGUGAAAAGACUAGCGUCACGCUCAUUGUCCAGCACACCACGGAAGAAGGGCUGAAAUUUGCCUUUGACGUGCGAACAACUUUGAAUGUUAGUCACGUCAUAUUUCAUCCAUCGACCACAUCGCACAGCUACGACCUGUACGCAACAUCAGCUGAUAAGGGUGACGUUCUUUUCCUCAACCUGGAAGCAGGGAAAGUUGAUAUCAUUACGGGAGUGGGUAAGCCUUUGGAUAGUCACCUGACCGAAUGGGGGGCUCCAAAUCGUCCGAUUGCAAGUGCCGGUCUUUUCGGUACUUACCUGAUCAGCCCAGCAAACGAAGCCAUUUUCGUCAUCAACGGAGACACGCGCACUGUCAAUUGCGAAAUUGGUGGACUCGUGCAUCCACGACAUGUCAGCUGGAUCAAUUCCCGGCCGUGAGUUUAAUCUUUUUUCUCGGAAUCACGAAACUAGCAUCUGCAUAAAUUUGCCGCAAAAUGUAUGGCGCGCGCAUCACAAGUUGGUCAUUUAUUUGAAGAAGAAGAAGAAGAAGAAGAAGAAGAAAA